AUGUCCAAUCAAGAGGGUGCCAAUCUAAACGAGCUAGAGGUCCUAACCGCCGGAACCGAGCAGUUCAUGUUCCCUGAUAGUGGAGGUCCCUCGGGUAUUGAAAACGGUUUACCGGUGCCACAAAAUGCUCCUCGUGUCGAACCACUAUCAAGAGAGCCUAAGCCCCUAGCGCAACAUGCCAUGCAGCCAUUAGCCAACCGAACAUCACCUCCGGGAACGGUUAUUGCAGACGCUGCCAAUAACAUGUAUGUGAUUGAUCAAAACGGAUAUGCCGUCCCCAUGAGGCCUGUGCAGCGCCGUAAGCCUCAAACUCCCACAGAGCAUAUCCCAAAGGAGAUACCCCUGCCCCCUAGGGCUCGUAAGAGAAGGGGCUUUUAUCAAGCGCCAUCUAAACUGGGUGAUAACCCCAAGGCAAACAACCUCAUGCAAUACCACUCGGAGGUGAUGCAGGCUGUUCGGUACGACCGGUUCUAUCAGGGCUGUACAACCAACCGAUAUGGCUCACUGGAGGCCUUGAGUAUUCAGAACUCUAGCUCCAAUACGAGCCGAGGCUCGAACGCAUCCACAAAGCUGAGUAAUCUGGUGGACCGAAGGUCUAGGGAAUGGCUGCGAAAUGACCGAACCAGGCGAGACUUGCGGAAUGGAAAGCCUCCUGAGCAACUCGCCAUGGCUCAGCCUCCUAUCCUGACGGACGCAACUCCGGAUCCGUCCAAUUCCUCGGGCCGCUCUUCUCUGUCCGUCACUUCAUACUCCACCUCGUCUAGAGAGGACCCGGGCGGUAACAAGGAUGUAGCGAAACCUACAAACAAUCCUGAGAAAAGCUCGAAAAUCCCAGACAAGAACUCGAAACAGAAAAAGUCUAAGCGACCAUCAAAGCUCUCAGUUAAAUAA